UCUUUCAUAUGUAGUUGUUAUAAAUUUAUUUAUUUUGGAUUAUGAAGAUGACUUAAUUCAUUGAGAGAAUUUUUUUGAAACAAAACCAUAUACUACGUACCGCUCCAUCUCCGCAUUUGUUUUCAUAUGCUAAUUCAUUUGUAUUACCACAGUUAACACAAAAUGGCCAUUCAUCCUCCACCCAUGUUUGUUAUAAUUAUUAUAAUUAAGAUACUAUUUUUAUCACUCUCUCAAAUUUCAUAUGCAACCGAUACUAUGACCCAGUCUACAUCGAUUCCCGAUGGAAGAAGCUUGAUUUCUAAGGAAGGAACAUUUGAGUUGGGUUUCUUCAGUCCAGGUAGUUCUUCAACAAACCGAUAUGUAGGACUUUGGUACAAAAAUAUCCCAGUUCAAAGAGUGGUUUGGGUUGCGAACCGUGACAAUCCGAUUAAAGACAACUCAAGCAAGUUGAUCAUAAGUCAAGAUGGAAAUCUGGUGCUUGUCAAUCAAAACGAGUCUCUCAUCUGGUGGUCAACAAACAUAACAACAAAGGCUUCAACUUCAAGUCUCGUUGUCCAACUUUUGGACAACGGGAAUUUAGUACUCAGAGAUGAAAAAAAUAACAAUAACAAUAAUAAUAAUAAUAGUACUGGAGAAAGUAGUUUUUUGUGGCAGAGUUUUGAUUAUCCAUGUGAUACGUUAUUAGCGGGAAUGAAGAUUGGAAUCGACAAAAGAACAGGUCUUAAUAGAUAUCUCACUGCAUGGAAAAAUUGGGACGAUCCAUCUUCGGGAGACUUUAUUGAUAUUUUGGAACUUACGAGCAACCCUGAGACCAUAUUUUGGAAGGGCUCAACAAAAUACUACAGGACAGGACCAUUGAUCGGAGGUGAGUCAAGGGGUACGGUCGGAUUGAGGAAUAAUCCAAUAUAUGGUUUUAAAUAUGCCAACAAUCAAAAUGAAGUGUAUUAUAUGUUUACAAUCAAGAAUAUUUCUGUGAUCUCCGUAGGUGUUAUAAACCAAACUCUUUCUGUUCGUCAACGUAUCCUAUGGGUACCUGAAACGCGAACAUGGAAUGUUUACCAAUCAUUGCCAUUAGAUAAUUGUGAUGUUUACAAUAUUUGUGGGGCAAAUGGAUAUUGCACCAUUGAAGGAUCGCAAACAUGUCGAUGUUUACAUGGAUUUAAACCAAAAUCACCUGACCUAUGGAAUACCAUGGAUUGGAGUCAAGGAUGUGUACGGAGUGGAAAUUGGAGUUGCGGAGGAGGAGUAAAAAAUAAUGACGGUUUUCGUAAAUUUAUAGGGAUGAAAUUUCCUGAUACAACAAAUUCUUGGAUUAAUGCAAAUAUGACACUUGAAGAAUGCAAGACCAAAUGCAUAAACAAUUGCUCUUGCACAGGAUAUACAUCCUUAGACCCAAUUGGAGCAGGCAAGGGUUGCUCUAUCUGGUUGGGUGAUCUUAUUGAUUUAAGAUUUGCACAAGACGGACAAGAUUUAUAUGUUCGAAUGGAUUCCGCAUAUAUUGAUGCUAAACAUGGACUACGGAAAAAGGUAAUUCUGACCGUUUCAAUCACAGUUUCAACGGUUCUUGUGAUGUUAUUGGCACUCUCUUGCGUUUAUGUAACCAAAGUGAAGUAUAAAGUGACAAAAGUAGAAACCGUGUUGACAAAAAAUGAAGAUCAAGGGGAAGAUGAAGAUUUUGAGCUUCCUAUGUUUGACCUAACAACAAUAUUCAAGGCAACCAAUAACUUCUCAAUCAACAAUAAACUCGGUGAAGGUGGUUUUGGACCGGUAUAUAAGGGUACAUUGCAAGAUGGUCAAGUAAUUGCGGUAAAAAGACUUUCAAGAAAUUCAGGACAAGGAUCAAAAGAGUUUAAAAAUGAAGUUAUAUUGUGCACUAAAUUGCAACAUCGGAAUCUUGUUAAGGUUAUUGGUUGUUGCAUUGAAGGAGAGGAGAAAAUGCUACUCUAUGAAUACAUGCCCAAUAGAAGUCUUGAUUCAUUUCUAUUUGACCCAGUUCAAAGUAAAUUCAUAGGUUGGUCUGUGCGCUUUAACAUCUUGAAUGGAAUUGGACGAGGACUUCUUUAUCUUCACCAAGACUCUAUAUUACGGAUCAUACAUAGGGAUUUGAAGGCAAGUAACAUUUUACUAGACAAUGAUAUGAAUCCAAAAAUUUCAGAUUUUGGCAUGGCGAGAAUGUUCGGAGGUGAUCAAAUCGAAGGGAAGACAAGUAGAAUAGUCGGAACAUACGGAUAUAUGGCACCUGAAUAUGUCAUUCAUGGAUUAUUCUCUAUAAAAUCAGAUGUAUUUAGCUUUGGUGUACUAUUGCUAGAAAUCAUAAGUGGAAAGAAAAAUAGAGCACUUACCUACCAUGAACAUGAUCACAAUCUUAUUUGGCAUGCAUGGAGAUUGUGGAAACAAGACAUUGCACAUGAACUAAUUGAUGAUUGUUUAAUAGAUUCAUGUAGUUUACCCGAAGCUUUACGUUGUAUUCAAAUUGGUCUUUUAUGUGUACAACAUGUUCCCGAUGAUAGGCCAAAUAUGACAAAUGUGGUUAUGAUGUUGGGUAGUGAAAUUACUUUACCACAACCAAAAGAACCUGGUUUCUUAAAUCAAAGAGUCUCAAUUGAAGAAAAAUCAUCUUCUAGAAGCGAAACACCUUCAUUGAAUGAUGUUACUAUGUCACGAUUAAAUGCUAGAAAAGUGACAAAAGUAGAAACCGUGUUGACAAAAAAUGAAGAUCAAGGGGAAGAUGAAGAUUUUGAGCUUCCUAUGUUUGACCUAACAACAAUAUUCAAGGCAACCAAUAACUUCUCAAUCAACAAUAAACUCGGUGAAGGUGGUUUUGGACCGGUAUAUAAGGGUACAUUGCAAGAUGGUCAAGUAAUUGCGGUAAAAAGACUUUCAAGAAAUUCAGGACAAGGAUCAAAAGAGUUUAAAAAUGAAGUUAUAUUGUGCACUAAAUUGCAACAUCGGAAUCUUGUUAAGGUUAUUGGUUGUUGCAUUGAAGGAGAGGAGAAAAUGCUACUCUAUGAAUACAUGCCCAAUAGAAGUCUUGAUUCAUUUCUAUUUGACCCAGUUCAAAGUAAAUUCAUAGGUUGGUCUGUGCGCUUUAACAUCUUGAAUGGAAUUGGACGAGGACUUCUUUAUCUUCACCAAGACUCUAUAUUACGGAUCAUACAUAGGGAUUUGAAGGCAAGUAACAUUUUACUAGACAAUGAUAUGAAUCCAAAAAUUUCAGAUUUUGGCAUGGCGAGAAUGUUCGGAGGUGAUCAAAUCGAAGGGAAGACAAGUAGAAUAGUCGGAACAUACGGAUAUAUGGCACCUGAAUAUGUCAUUCAUGGAUUAUUCUCUAUAAAAUCAGAUGUAUUUAGCUUUGGUGUACUAUUGCUAGAAAUCAUAAGUGGAAAGAAAAAUAGAGCACUUACCUACCAUGAACAUGAUCACAAUCUUAUUUGGCAUGCAUGGAGAUUGUGGAAACAAGACAUUGCACAUGAACUAAUUGAUGAUUGUUUAAUAGAUUCAUGUAGUUUACCCGAAGCUUUACGUUGUAUUCAAAUUGGUCUUUUAUGUGUACAACAUGUUCCCGAUGAUAGGCCAAAUAUGACAAAUGUGGUUAUGAUGUUGGGUAGUGAAAUUACUUUACCACAACCAAAAGAACCUGGUUUCUUAAAUCAAAGAGUCUCAAUUGAAGAAAAAUCAUCUUCUAGAAGCGAAACACCUUCAUUGAAUGAUGUUACUAUGUCACGAUUAAAUGCUAGAUAGAUGGAUAAAUUAGUAUAUAUAUUGUACCAUCAUGAUUGUAUAACUUUAUAUUCAAACUUAAGCAUUCAUAAUUCAUAUGUACAAUUUGGUUUAUCUGUAAGUUUUGUUUCCGUUCUACAAAAUUAUGCAUUUGUUUUGAGAUCGAUGUGGAAAGAGUGGCUUGACAUGAAUAGAGGACAUGAAAAUAACAAUAG